AUGUAUGGUGCCUAUAGCGUCCAAUUUUAUCUCAUGGAAGUUGCUAAUCUAUCACGCGGAGCCGUUGAUUUUAUCGGAUUGAUGCUCAACCUCGAAGCAGAUAUGUAUGCAAGCAUUGUGGAAAUUGCACGUGACUUCAAACUGCUUCCGGUGAAUGCAAACUUCUCGCAUAUCGAUGGUGGGAAUGAUCUUUUGAUUAAUGCACUUGCCAAAGCUUGUCAGACAGUACUAAAUGGAAGAUGUUCUCUCUAUCUUAACCGACCAAUAUCCAGCGUGCUCUACAGCAGCUCUUCACAUACAGGUACACUUGAAUCGAAAGGUCUGACAGUACCUGGCAACUUUACGGACAUUGUGGUGGCAACAACAGCUCGUGCAGCCAAUGCCAUCGAUUUUCGUCCGAGAAUUGAAUUUAUUACCAAAUAUCAGGCGCUGCGUCAGUUGAAUUAUGACUGUGCGAGUAAGAUUGCUCACUCGUUCAGUGUUCGGUGGUGGGAGAAGCAAGUUAUUACUGGUGGUCAUUCAAUUACUGACUUACCGGUACGCUUUGUCUACUACUAUAACUUUAGCACGACCUCUAAUCGCACGGAGGAUGGUGCUAUCAUGUUGAGUUCAUACACGUGGGCACAGGACGCGCUUCUUUGGUCGGGAAUGCGUGAUAAUCAAUCGUGCAGACUUGCUUUGGAUAAUCUUAACUUGAUUCAUGCGACAUCCGACGUAUACAGUUAUGAGGCAGGCUGUCAGACCUAUCAUUGGUGCAACGAUCCAUAUUCUUUGGGUGCCUAUGCUCUUUUCACGCCUUAUCAAGAAGUUAAUAUUCAUAAUGAUCUGGGUGCGUCGGUUGGUGACACAGUUCAUUUCAUUGGUGAGCAUACGAGUUUGGCACACGCCUGGGUCGAAGGUGCUGUACUAUCUUCGAUGCGUCUCCUAAUGCAUUUGCAAGAGGAAGUUUUCGAUUUGGCAAUUAUUGGUGGAGGACCGCUUGGCCUGGCAACAGCUCUAGCAAUGUCACAAAAACAGCCAACUUGGCGCAUCGCCAUCAUCGAACGAUUUCAACUAGGAAACACUCAAGGUAGCUCGGGCUCUUCAGAUAUUCGACAAUUUCAGCAAGCCUAUGUCGAGUGGUAUAUGAGCGACCUAGGCAGAUUAGCAGUUCCAAUGUGA